AUGGUUGAAGAUGCCAAAAUUGCUAGGGUGAAUGACAAUCUUGAAAGUUCUUUCACUAUCCACCAUCUGACAGAAGAGAAGAACAAGCUGGAUGCCAACUAUGACAAGCUAGUCCAAGAUGCGCAUGAGCUGAUGAAUUUCCAGGAAGAUAAGGUGGUGGAUUUCAGACAUCUGCAGUCUGCCAUUACAUAUCAGCAGGAGGUAAGAAAAGAACUGAUUGAUGAUAUGAAGGCACAGAUGGCAAGUGAGAUGGCAAAGAAAGAUGAAGAGACCCAGAAACUUACUCUGAAGUAUGAGCUGCUGCUCAACCUGACAAGAGCUCAAGCAACAGUCAUUCAGAACUUGAAGUUGAACAAAAUGAAAGAGAAGCAAGUGCUUACUGAAGCUAGUAUGAAUUUGGAGCUGAAGAAUGCAGAGCUAACAAAGUGUCAGGAGAAGCUCACCCAAGAGAAGCUAGAAUUGAAGUUUCAGGUUGCUGAUCUGCUUAAGGGAAAUGAAAAGCAUAUUGAAGAGAAGUGGCAGUUAGAGUUUCAGAAUGAAAAGUUGAAGGAGAAGUUCAGGGGGAUUCAGGCUAUCUUGGAGAAGUGA